AUGUUUGCUGCUGCAACCAAAAACUUUGUUAAACAGGUUGGUGAUGGAGGAAGACUAGUUCCAGUGCCCAGUCUCAGUGAAGCUGAUAGAUAUCAACCUCUGAGCCUUGUGAUUAAGAAAAGAACAUGUUUGCUUUCAAAAAAAUCUAAAUUCGCUUCAACACCUUUCACAUUAAAAGACAUCCUGCAUGGGGAGAAAGAAAUUUCUGCAGGUGUCUCGUCUUACCAAUUGCUCAACUAUGAAGACAAAUCAGAUGUUUCACUUAAUGGUAGAAGAGGAAAUCAGAUAAUGAAUGAUGUUGGUUUUGAUGUUGCUGGAUCAGAUUCUAUUGCCUUUAAAGCUUCAUUUGGCAUUGUGACCAAACAUGAGGUUGAAGUACCAACAUUACUUAAAGAACUUACUACAAGAAAAAUAAACUUUGAUCAUUGUCUAGUCCAUCAAUCAAGGAAAAGUAGGAUGGAAAUUCUGUGCGUGGUCAUGGAAAGUAUUAGAACUACAAGGCAAUGCUCAUUAACUGUCCAUACUGGAAUGCGUGGAGAGACAAUGAGGUUUCACUUUAUUGAAGAUCAGAAUUGUAAAGGGCGGGACAAAGCCAUUGUUUUUCCUGCACAUACAACUAUCGCUUUUAGUGUAUUUGAACUUUACAUUCAUUUGGAUGGUAAUUUUGAACUCUGUGUGACUCCAGUUUCAAAAGGAGGAUUUGAGAAAGAGAAAUCUGGAUCAUCUUCACUGACCAAAUUAAGGAGGUUAAAGAGUAAUCUGUUUCAUCGAAAUAAAAGAGUAGUGGCUACCAUUGCUAAUUCUGAUGCUUACUUGGAGGACCUUUUUACAGAUUAUUAUGAAAAAGCUGCAAGCAUGACUGAUCUCUCUACAAGCUAUCUCGGAGAAGGGUCUCACAUCCGAAUUAAUUUACUUAAUAACAACAUCCCGAAAGGUCCCUGUGUCCUUUGUGGAAUGGGAAGUUCUAAAAGGGAGACAGUCUAUGGGUGCCUUGAGUGUUCUUUUAAUGGACAAAAGUAUGUACGACUGCAUGCUGUGCCCUGUUUUGACCUCUGGCAUAAGAGAGUAAAGUAGCCGAACUAGGUAAGUGCCUGUUGUUGCAGACAUGGGCAUAACUGUGCCACAAACUUUUCAGAAUUAGUAAAUAUGACUCAAAUUGCUGAAAUGCAAAAUAGUGAAAGUGCAAAACAUUUUAUUACACUAUUAUCUUCAAAUUUUUGCUUUCCAGUCCAUGACCUUUUACUUGAAAAUGCCCUCAUGCAUUCCCUGACAUUGCUUUUCUUUCUAGAACCUUCUCCUUUCAUUAUCAUGAUAAUGAAAAAUGUACUUUUAAACUGUAUUUUCAAAAUGUCAAAAUAUAUGCUAGAAUUUAGUUAAAAUUGUUUACACAAACUUGUUGUUACACUCCAAAAUCUUGCCUUUAUCUAUGCUGGCAUAUGAUGAGAGUAUUUGUUAAUAAUUUAGUGUCCUCAUGAAUGUUUAACUGAAGUAUCAGAUUAAAACCAUGCUAAAACUUAGCUCAGUCUAAUGUUUCAUUUACAAAAGGGAACAACUAAAACUAGGGGGAGGCGUUUCACAUUAGGAUGCCAUUACCAUAUGUCAACAGUUUGUUUAGAUUACUAAAAAGGUACCAGCUAGUCCUCCUUCUGUGUUUGGUUGGAUUGUAGGUCACAGCUGCUCUUGACUUUUUUACGUGUUCAGAAAAAAAUGCUUAUCAGAAAACGUGUUUUGGAAGCUUACAAAAAUAACAGAAUUUAAUCCUUCCAACAAAGGUUCAGGGUUAAGGUCUUUCACCGGUACAUCUCAACCACAGAAAAUUAAGUCUGUUGAGAAUGUAAACACCAGAGGGCACUACAGAAUUAUGUCCAAUAUUGAGGUUGGGAGCGCCAUUGGUUGAAGCUCUCCCUGUGCUGUUUUAAACUGGGAAAAGAAUUUCAGAAAAGUGUUUCUACCUUUUAGAAUGACUUUAAGGAUAUGGAAGAUUUUGUACUUACUUGUGCUGCCACUUUCACUGUGUGCAUCUAAUUAUUACCUGUUGAAAGGAAUGCAGCCACUGCUUUUAUGUGAGAAAAGUGAAGUAUGUUACACAAGUAUUACAGUGACAUCUGCACAAGCAGAACAGAUAACGAGCCUGAAGCAGGCUAUUAGCUAUUGCUACUUCUUUACAUUUUUCCAAAGUGAGGGUAACCAGAAUGAUGCCCAAAUAAUUACUUAUGUUUAUAUAUAGUAUCUCCCGUCAUCAUCCACCUUGUGGCAUAAGUCACAAAUCUUUAAAACGAAAAGGAUUAUAUAUAUGGUUUUAAAUCUCAAAACAGAGCUGUAGCUGUCAAAGACAUUGUCAGCACUUCAUAAUUCACAUUCAUUAUUAUUUCUGAACUAUGGAGCAGCCACA